GUUGAUUAAGAUUCUGCCUAUAAGUUGUGAGAUCCGAACACAGUUCAACUGUUUGGUUAGUAGCCAAUUGCCACUCUUAUAAUAAACAUCUUAGUAGCUUUGUGUGCCAAGAUAGCGAACAAACGGCGAAAGGGUCAGAUCGCUACGCUCUGUUAUACUGGACGGACUGCAAAGGUACAGGAGUAGAGUGUCCCGACAAAUCCAAGUACGAUGGGAGCAAUGUUUAGAAGUGAGGAGAUGGCAUUGUGUCAGAUGUUCAUCCAACCGGAAGCAGCUUAUACAUCUGUAUCCGAAUUGGGCGAGACUGGAGCAGUUCAGUUUCGUGAUUUGAAUGUGACAAUAAACGCCUUUCAGCGAAAAUUCGUUAAUGAGGUACGCCGUUGCGAUGAAAUGGAACGAAAACUUCGUUACGUAGAAGCUGAAGUGAAAAAGGAUAAUGUUGUAAUACCGGACAUUUAUGAUGAGUUGCCUCGUGCCCCGAACCCACGGGAGAUCAUUGACCUCGAGGCACACUUGGAAAAGACAGAAAGUGAAAUCAUGGAACUAUCGCAAAAUGCGGUUAAUUUGAAAUCCAACUAUCUUGAACUCACCGAGCUAAAGCAUGUACUAGAGAGAACUCAAAGCUUUUUCUUCGAACAGGAAGGUGCUGUAAACUUGGAUGCCACCAGUAAUAAUUUAAUAAUUGAUGAUUUAGCAAAUGCACAAACUAGAGGUCGACUUGGCUUUGUUGCCGGUGUAAUCCAGCGGGAAAAGGUACCAGGUUUCGAGCGUAUGCUGUGGAGGAUUUCUCGCGGGAAUGUUUUUCUGCGGCAAGCGGAAUUGGAAAGACCAUUAGAAGAUCCAUCUACAGGUAGUCAAAUAUACAAAACCGCAUUCGCAGCUUUUUUCCAAGGCGAACAACUUAAGACUAGAAUUAAAAAAAUUUGUACAGGCUAUCACGCUUCGCUGUAUCCAUGCCCUAGUGCUGCAGAUGAACGCUACGAAAUGGUGAAAGGUGUAUGCAUUAGGUUGGAAGAUUUGAAUAUGGUUUUAAAUCAGACACAGGAUCAUCGCUUUAGAGUACUGUCCACAGUCGCUAAGGAGCUACCACGCUGGAGAAUAAUGGUGAAAAAAAUGAAAGCAAUUUAUCACACACUGAAUCUCUUCAACAUGGAUGUGACGAAAAAAUGUUUAAUAGGAGAGUGUUGGGUACCUGUUUUGGAUCUUUCUCUCAUACAGAAAGCUUUGUCUGAUGGAUCGGCAGCGGUUGGAAGUACCAUACCUUCAUUUCUAAAUGUUAUUGAAACUAAUGAAGCACCACCCACGUUUAACAGAACCAACAAAUUUACACGAGGUUUUCAAAAUUUGAUCGAUGCCUAUGGUAUUGCCUCAUAUCGAGAGGCAAAUCCAGCAUUGUAUACGAUAAUAACAUUCCCAUUUUUGUUUGGCAUUAUGUUUGGCGAUUUGGGUCAUGGAAUGAUAAUGGCGUUAUUUGGAUUUUGGAUGGUAAGCAGCGAGAAAAGGUUGGGUACCAAAAAAUCUAGUAACGAGAUAUGGAACAUUUUCUUUGGGGGUCGUUACAUAAUUUUUCUCAUGGGUAUAUUUUCUAUGUAUACCGGUUUUAUAUAUAAUGAUGUUUUCUCUAAAUCGAUGAACCUUUUUGGAAGCUCGUGGAGUAUCGUUCAUAAUACAUCCACUAUAAUGACUAAUAAGGACAUGAUUUUAAGCCCAAGCUCAUCAGAUCUGAGUACUGAUAUUUAUCUUGUGGGAUUGGACCCAGUAUGGCAACUAGCUAGUAAUAAAAUUAUUUUCUUGAACUCGUAUAAGAUGAAACUUUCUAUAAUAUUUGGUGUAGUACAUAUGAUAUUUGGAGUCUGUACGAGUGUUGUUAAUUAUAACUUUUUCAAAAGACGCAUCAGUAUCGCACUGGAAUUUCUGCCUCAGAUUCUCUUCCUUGUCCUUCUGUUUGCAUAUAUGGUAUUUAUGAUGUUCAUGAAAUGGAUUCAGUAUUCAGCUAAAACAGACUUUCAACCGCAUACGCCGGGGUGUGCCCCAUCAGUUCUUAUCAUGUUUAUUAACAUGAUGCUGUUUAAAAAGACCGAACCUUUGCAUGGUUGUAACGAGUAUAUGUUCACCUUCCAAGGAUCAUUGCAACGCACAUUUGUGUACAUUGCUCUCAUUUGUAUUCCAUGGAUGCUGUUAGGAAAGCCUUUUCACAUCAUGUUUAGUAGGAAGAACAAUACAACUACACAAUACCAAAACGGCAAUAUCAAUGCAAAAGUUGACACAUCCGUUCAAAUAUCGGAAGCAGAUAAGUCUGCUGGACAUGAACAGCACGAGCAGGAACAAAUAAGUGAAGUUUUUAUCCACCAAGCAAUCCAUACGAUUGAAUAUGUCUUAAGCACUGUUUCGCACACUGCUUCCUAUCUGCGUCUAUGGGCUCUUUCACUAGCACAUGCUCAGCUCUCGGAAGUUCUGUGGAACAUGGUACUUUCUAUGGGACUGAAGCAAGAGUCAUACAAAGGAGCAUUCAUGCUCUAUUUCGUGUUUGGAGCGUGGUCUUUGUUCACAUUGGCAAUUCUCGUUAUGAUGGAAGGACUUUCAGCAUUCCUGCAUACGUUACGUCUUCAUUGGGUGGAAUUUAUGAGCAAAUUUUAUGAAGGAUUAGGAUACGUUUUCCAGCCGUUUUCUUUCAAACAGAUUCUUGAUGAUGAAGAUGACAUUGAAUAAAUGUUAUAAUCCGAAAAGCUACUUCAAUUAAGGCGAAAAGUUUGGAAACAAGUCUACCAUGCUUGGAAUAUUUUGUUCAACUGGAGCGUUUGCGUCAGUAUUAAGAUUUUGGAAAAAUCACAAUAGUUGAAUAAAGAUAAUGCUUACUAUA